CGCCUCGUAUUCCCGUCUCCCUCGCUGCAGAUCCCUGCCAUCUCCGUAGCUCUGUCGAAGAAGACGGCAGCAAUCGUGUGUUCCAUCUCCCAGGUUUAUGGAUACGGCACGGUGGAUUACGUGUACGACUGGAUGAACAACAGAGGCGAAAGGUUUCGAUUGUCUGCAAGUGAUGCUGCAAUCCAGCUUGACCUAAUCGGAAAAGUGCGUGGCAUUUCAGACGCCGAAGAGUUCUUCCUCACGCUCCCUGAGAACUUCAAGGACCGGAGAGUUUAUGGUUCCCUCCUCAAUGCCUAUGUGAGGGCCAAGUCUAGAGAAAAAGCUGAAUCCCUGCUCAGCACCAUGAGGGAGAAAGGAUACGCCCUGCACCCGCUUCCCUUCAACGUCAUGAUGACUCUCUACAUGAACCUUAGGGAGUUCGACAAAGUCGACGCCAUGGUCUUCGAGAUGAAGCAGAAAGAUAUACGUCUCGACAUUUACUCCUACAACAUCUGGCUCUCCUCCUGCGGCUCCCUAGGAUCUGUUGAGAAAAUGGAACUAGUGUACCAGCAGAUGAAAUCAGAUGUUGCUAUUAAUCCCAACUGGACCACUUUUAGCACUAUGGCCACCAUGUACAUUAAGAUGGGCGAAACUGAUAAAGCCGAAGAUGCACUGAGGAAGGUUGAAGCAAGGAUCACUGGUCGUAAUCGCAUUCCAUAUCACUACCUCUUGAGUUUGUACGGCAGCGUUGGUAACAAGAAAGAGCUGUACCGGGUCUGGAACGUCUACAAAUCUGUUGCCCCGAGCAUUCCCAAUUUAGGUUACCAUGCUUUGGUCUCGUCGCUGGUGAGAAUGGGAGAUAUUGAAGGGGCCGAGAAGGUAUACGAGGAAUGGCUUCCAGUCAAGUCUUCUUAUGACCCCAGGAUACCAAAUCUUCUCAUGAAUGCGUAUGUCAAAAACGACCAACUAGAGAAAGCUGAGGGGUUGUUCGACCACAUGGUUGAAAUGGGAGGAAAACCAAGCUCGAGUACGUGGGAGAUCCUAGCUGAUGGUCAUACCAGAAAGAGGUGUAUUCCAGAGGCUUUGACUUGUCUGAGAAAAGCUUUUUCUGCUGAAGGGUCCAGCAAUUGGAGGCCUAAAGUCUUGAUGCUGUCGGGCUUCUUUAAGCUCUGUGAAGAGGAAUCGGAUGUUACUAGUAAAGAGGCCGUUUUGGAAUUGUUGAGGCAGUCCGGUCAUCUUCAAGACAAAUCAUACCAAGCUCUUAUUGAUGUGGACGAAAACAACAGUGAAAACGAUGCCCAUGACCAUGAGAGUGACGUGCUUCUAACGCAGCUACAAGAUGAUUUGUAAUCAAAUAUAGUCACCUAGAUCUUGCUUUAAGAGACGAAUCUUUUUGUAACCGGAAUCAACUGCCUAGUGAAAACAUGAAUGCUAGUUAGAGCUGUGUGUGUGUCCCUCUGGUCUGCCUCCUAAACUACUAAUAAUAAUUCUUCUUUUUGUG